UCUGCUCAUAGCUCAACUUUUCUGCAGGUAAUAGCCCUUCAAGCUGCAGCAUUUGCAGAUCUUUUAACUAAGGAUCUCAAAAAAGUAGGUGUUGUAUUAUUAUUUUAGAAAGCUAGUCAGGACCAUGAGUGACACUCUUAGGCCCCCUUCGCUCCAGGUGAGUGUCCCAAGCGAUGCUCCAGUAUACUCAGACGGAGGAGCCAACGCAGUGUCGGAUGGCUCUGUGCGAUCCAGCUUUUCAACCCCGACGCUGCGACGCAAACGCUUUAAGAUGCGGCGCAUGAGGAAUGUGCCCAGCGAGAGGGAGCUAGAAAGGGGGCGACUAACCAGCGGCCACCUCCCAGCCCAAUCCCGCUCUGGCUCCAAGGAGUACCUCCAGCUGCCUUCCAUUGAGAUUACACCAUCCAGCGAUGAAGAUGCCACCUCUUCCUGGUCGCGCUGCUCCACGCCAAGUGCCUCUCCACGACGAAAGCGUUUUCUGUUGAGGAAGUGGCUGAAGGUCCGACAGAAGAAGGAGCAAGUCAGUGAGAGCAGCAGCCAGCAAAGCAGCCAGCAAAGCAGCCAUGAAGAUGACAACACUCGAUUCUUGACUCCAUUUAUCCGAGAGGAGAGGUCUGACAGUGCAGCGGACAAAAUCAGCACUGCCAGUAACUCAAACAAGAGCACCCCCGCCUGCUCACCAGUCCUGCGUAAACGCUCGCGCUCUCCCACACCACAGAGCCAGGAGGGUGAGAACAUGGUGGAGAAGGGUUCCGACCACUCCUCUGACAAAUCCCCCUCCACGCCCGAGCAGGUCGUCCAGAGAACAUACUCCCUACAGUCAGCAAGAAGCGGCGGAAAGAACUCAAAGUCUCACAAGCGACUUUCCAAAUAUGACAGACUAAACCUGAUUAAAAAGAGCCAAAGCUGGUACAAUCAUGAAAGACAACACAUCCUGAGAGUGCUGAGCCCGACAUACAAGCAGCGCAAUGAGGACUUUAGAAAACUCUUCAAGCAGCUCCCCGACACAGAGAGACUCAUUGUGGACUACUCUUGUGCUCUUCAACGCGACAUCCUCCUGCAGGGACGACUCUACCUCUCUGAGAACUGGAUCUGUUUUUAUAGCAACAUCUUCCGCUGGGAAACACUGCUGACAGUGCGGCUAAAGGACAUCUGCUCAAUGACAAAAGAAAAGACCGCCCGCCUCAUUCCAAAUGCCAUCCAGGUCUGCACUGACACUGAGAAGCACUUUUUCACCUCAUUUGGAGCCAGGGAUAGGACUUACAUGAUGAUGUUCAGAUUGUGGCAAAAUGCACUGCUGGACAAGCCCCUUUGCCCCAAAGAACUGUGGCACUUUGUUCAUCAGUGCUAUGGCAACGAGCUAGGCCUAACUAGUGACGAUGAAGACUAUGUUCCACCUGAUGAUGACUUCAACACCAUGGGGUUCAGUGAAGAGAUUCCCAAUGAAGAGAAUGAGAUCAACAAUGAGAACUUGUCUAAGAGCAGCGCUGAUGCCAAGCCUGAGGGGAGCCCUCCUGUGCUACAUAAGAAGGUUGUCCCAAACAUCACCAUCCCUAGUCCAGGCAACCAUGACACACCCAUCACAUUUGACCUCCCAGCAGAAGAGUAUGCAGACUGCUUACCAGAUGGACAGCUGCUUGCUCUGCCCCUUUUGCUGGAAGAGAACAAUGAUACCAGCGGGCCUGGUGGUCUUGUCCCCUCACCCUCUCUGGACUUCAACGACAACGAAGACAUCCCCACUGAACUCAGUGACUCCUCCGAAACACACGACGAGGGUGAAGUACAGGCCUUUCAUGAGGAUCUGAAUGGCAGGCAGUACAUCAAUGAGAUCUACAAGUUAAGUGUAGACAAGCUCUACGCCAUCCUCUUCACAGAGUCGCAGUUCAUGAGUGACUUUAUGGAGCAGAGACGAUUCUCAGAGGUGGUGUACCACCCGUGGAAGACAGAGGAGGCUGGGAACCAGACAAGAGAGAUCUUGUACACCAUCUCGCUGUCCAACCCCCUAGCCCCCAAAACAGCCACCGUCACUGAGACACAGACUCUGUACAAAGCCAGCCAGGAGAGUGAGUGUUACAUCAUCGACGCUGAGGUCAUUACACAUGAUGUGCCCUACCACGAUUACUUCUACACUCUCAACCGCUACAUGCUCACCAGGGUCGCCAAGAACAAGUGUCGGUUACGGGUAUCGACAGAGCUGCGUUACAGGAAACAGCCGUGGGGGCUGGUGAAAGGUUUCAUAGAGAAAAACUUCUGGAGCGGGCUAGCAGAGAACUUCCGCCAUCUAGAGUUGGAGCUGGCCAAGCUGGAGGAGAUCCUGGAGUCCCACCAGCUCUCUCCAAAGGCGAUAAAAAACUCUACGGUGAGGCGGAAGAAGAGGCCACUCCCCCACAUGCGCAGCCAGCAUAUGGACGAGGCGCUCAGCCCCGUUACCACGCCGACAGAUGAGGAAGUGAUUCAGAGGAUCAAACAAGUGGCCGGCUCCACACAAACCAGACACCAGAGUCCAGAGCACCAUCACCUGCCCGCAGGCCUCGCUCUGUACAGCGUCUCCAAACUGCUGCUCAUCAUCAGCUUUGUGAUCUGUCUAAGCCUGGUGCUGCUGGUGUUCCUCAACAUGAUGCUGUUCUACAAGCUGUGGAUGCUGGAGUACUCUGCACAGUCUUUAACAACCUGGCAAGGUCUGCGGCUUCAUGAAAGUAAACUGCCUCAGACACAGAUGGAGUGGGCCCAGCUCCUGGAGGCGCAGCAACGUUACCAUGACGUUGAGCUGCAGAAGUGGAGGGAGAUUAUCAAGUCGUCAGUAGUGCUGCUAGACCAGAUGAAAGACUCCUUAUUGAACCUCCAGCGAGGCAUUGGUUUAAGUGAUUACAGCUCCGAGGCUGAGGAGAAGAGAAGUCACUAUCACUGACACAUCACCAACAAGGCCAUGCGGGCAUGCUGUGCAAUAUACUGUAGGACCUGUUUUGUUUGUGAACCAGUAUGCAGGCAGCAGCAAGACAAAGAGAGAGGACAGAGGGGGAGGAGGGACCAACAGUGAGCUGGUCCAAUAGACACAAAGAGUGGAACAGUUGUCUACAGUGCACAGAGCUUAGAGCCCCCAAGAGGAGGAGAUUGAUGGACAGAAAGUUCCCCUAUCACACACAGGAACUGAGGUGUCCCCAACAUCACUGAAGCAUUGCGGGAAAAGUAGUGCUCCUUCUCUACACCUGUGGGAUGAACCGUUUCCUUCUACUCUCUUAUUUCUAAGUGCAUCCUACUGUAAGCCAUUUCGACCAGAGAGUCGCAGAGAGAAAGAAGGAAAACUACUGCAUGCAUUUAGACAACCUAGCUCCUCUCAGUCAGUGUUAUUGUGGUCCAGUUCCAGUCUGUGUGUCAACAAAAAGAAGAACAGAAGACGAGGAGAUACUGAGUCGAAGAAAGGGGGGUCUCUUCAAGUCUUAAUGGCUGUCUACACUCUCUAGACUGUUCCAAACCUAUCGUCCCCUGAGAGGUCCUGGCUGCAGCAUCCUUUUAGUAACCUCCAUGUGAUCAGAGUACAUUAUCGUUCCACAACCAAAAAGGAGUGUUGUAGCUGGGAGCUCAGCUUCACCACUCAGUCCCUAUUGCCUUGUUUGAAGCUGGCCUGUGUUGUCUUCGUCGGGGCUGGUUCCCUGUUCGACUCUUGUGUUGAAAUAUUUAUAACUAGAAUCUAAAGACUGGUGCGACCCAAGCCAAUACUUUUAACCUUAUACACAAUUUACAUAAUCAGUUGUCCCUGACACAGUGUUAGCUAGGCCUACCUUACGUUGCAUUAUUCCUCAUCCUUCUAAUGAAGUAGAAUGUAUUAGCUCGGACAAAAAGGCCAGAACUUUGCCUAUUCAUUUUUGAAAAAGGGAUGCUGCGGCCAGACCAACAGGGAGACCUGUGUUCUUACAUGUUUUAUUACUAUACUGUGACUAUAUCUCUUUAAAUAUGUUUCAAAUUAGAAAGAAUUCUAUGAAUAUAUUUGAAAUAUAUAAGAAUAUUUCAUUAUUUAAUAUAUAUAUUUCAAAAUAUAUAAACAUUACCUAUAUUUAUUGUUAAUUAAUGUACAUAAAGAAAUUAUCAGAGCUCUAGACCAGUUAAGGAAUUUCUAACGAAAAGUGUUUUCUUCUAAAAAUGCAUGCCAGAUAUGUCUGUGACAUGUCCAGUGUGCAAGUAUGAUUCUGCAUUUGCGCGAUUAUAUUCGCGCAUGUGUGUGUGUGAGUGCGUGCAUGCGUGCGUGUGCGCACAAGUGUGUGCUGUAAAGUGUGACAUUUUUACCAUUCCACACUUGUAUGUUUCUUAAUUAUUCUUUUCUGGCUUUAGUGGCCAGAAUGCCUUUUUAAUGCUAAUGCAUUUGGAUGCCGCCUUGCAUUUGCCCCACCAGGGUACAGUUUACAAUCGAAGAGUUUUGUUCCAAAAUGACAUAUCCAACAUUUGAGAACAAAGUUACACCUACUUUCACAAAAUGAUUGAUUGCUUAAAAUAUCAAUUCAUGUCGGUAUUUGACACAUACUAUGUUGCUAAAAUCCAUAGUUGACAAAAAGAAGAAGACAGAAUUGAUCAUCUAAAUUUGAAGAUUAACUUGAUUAAUUUUGUUAGCUAAAUGGAUAUAAAACAUUUUGGAGAUGAACCCUUCAUUUGCCCUCUAUGAGCAACUCUUUGUCCAUGUUACCACAUUAGUGGCUUGACGUCUCUAAAAGGAAUAGUUUUCAAAUUCACUUACUCACUUUCUUGCUGAAAGUUAGGUGAAGAUUUAUCCCACUCUCGUGUCUGUAUGUUACAUAUGAAGCUACAGCCAGCAGGCUCAGUUUAGCAAGCAGCUUCCUCCUGUGUCCAGUCUUUAUGCUAACACAAGUCCCGGCCCUACCAUAGGCUAUAUUCAAGAAGUGGACAUAGCCAACGUGACAUCACCCAUUGGUCUUGAAGCCUUGAGUUUGGCAUUUAGUCCGUCGCCAUCUCUUUUUUUUUUUAGCCAGAAGUCACCAUAUUUAGAUGAGAAGGGGGUUUUGGAGAGAAGCGCUGAGCAAAAUGCUAAAUUAUGAGCUAGCACUAGGUAGCUAGCUUGGUUGGCAAAGCAUCUGUAAUGCUUAUUUUGGCUAGCAAAAAAAAGCCUUGGAACCAAAUGUACUUACCGGGAAAAUGAACAUUCAACGUCUUAUUUUCUUUUGGUACAACCAAACGCUGUAAGUAAAGCUGUAAAGUAGGGUCAUUUUCUUAUGAAGUUCUAUAAAAGCCAACUUCUUUUUGCAACCAAUGGAGUUGCCCUAUGCUGGCCAUUAGAAAGAAUGCAGGUUUAAGGCACUUCACCAUUGGCUUCACUUU